AUGGCUACUUCCAUCAACUGCUCAAUUGUCUUCGCGAUCAUAGCAUUAUCGCUCUUUUCAAGCAUAUCGACAAGUCAUGCUGCUCGUAGCCUACUUCAACUUCCUAACCUGCCAACAAUCCCAUCACUGCCUCAACCAACAAUGCCACAACUACCCAAUAUUCCCAACUUGCCUACAACAUUGCCACCAUUGCCAAGUGUAUCAUCUUUGCCUACAUUGCCUUCUAUCCCCAAAAUGACACUGCCUCCAAUGCCUUCCAUCAAUCCUCUUCCCAACAUGCCAUCAAUUCCAAACAUUAUUCCUACACUUUCACCUCCUCCAUCCAACUAA